CUCGUCAACCGUCACACGGAGUACGUAAGCCGCGGAUAUCUGAACUAACAUUUAUUAUCUCCUCAGUCAAAUUUUUGCACCAAAGAUGCCUGGAACCCCAGCUAUAGGAAUCGAUCUUGGUACUACGUACUCGUGCGUUGGUGUAAUGCAACAUGGAAAGGUUGAAAUUAUCGCUAAUGAUCAGGGUAACAGAACAACUCCUAGUUACGUCGCUUUCACCGAAAAUGAAAGACUCAUCGGAGAUGCGGCGAAGAAUCAAGUCGCCCUCAACCCCACGAAUACAGUGUUCGACGCGAAGCGUCUAAUCGGCCGAAAGUAUGACGAGGAGUCUGUCAGAUCGGACCAGAAACACUGGCCUUUCGCGGUAAUCAAUGAUGGUGGUCGACCAAAGAUUCAAGUCGAAUACAAAGGCGAGAAAAAGUCCUUCUUUGCGGAAGAGAUUUCCUCCAUGGUUCUGACCAAAAUGAAGGAAACUGCAGAGGCUUAUCUUGGGUCCAAAGUCACCGAUGCAGUUGUCACUGUUCCGGCAUAUUUCAAUGACUCGCAGAGACAAGCCACGAAGGAUGCCGGAGUCAUUGCUGGCCUUAAUGUUCUUCGCAUAAUCAAUGAGCCAACUGCUGCCGCCAUUGCCUAUGGUUUGGACAAGAAUGCUGCCAAAAACACAGAGCGUCAUGUUCUCAUCUUUGAUCUUGGUGGAGGUACCUUUGAUGUGUCUGUUCUUACAAUUGAUGAUGGCAUCUUUGAAGUGAAGUCAACCUGUGGUGAUACCCAUUUGGGAGGUGAGGACUUUGACAAUCGUAUGGUUGAUUACUUCAAGAAAGAAUUCCAGAAGAAAUAUAAGAAAGAUAUCUCGGGCAACAAGCGAGCCAUGCGACGGUUGAGAACUUCUUGUGAAAGAGCCAAGAGGACCCUCUCUUCAAGUCAUCAGGCCAAUAUUGAAAUAGACUCUCUUUAUGAGGGCAUCGAUUUCUAUGAGCCAUUCAGCCGUGCAAAGUUUGAAAAAGAAAAUGGAGACCUUUUCCGCGCAACUUUGACUCCUGUUGAGAAGGCUCUGAAAGAUGCAAAGUUGACAAAGGAAAAAAUUGAUGAGAUUGUCUUGGUGGGUGGCUCUACUCGCAUUCCCAAAAUCCAAGAGUUACUCAAAGAUUACUUUGAUGGCAAAGAGUUAAACAAGAGCAUUAACCCUGAUGAAGCUGUAGCUUAUGGUGCAGCAGUACAGGCAGCCAUCUUGCAUGGAGACAAGAGUGAAGCUGUGUCAGACCUGCUGCUUCUGGAUGUGGCUCCCUUGUCUCUGGGUAUUGAGACUGCUGGAGGUGUUAUGACAGCACUCAUCCAACGCAACACAACAAUCCCAACAAAGAAAAGUCAAGUCUUCACAACAUAUGCAGACAACCAACCUGCUGUUUUGAUCCAAGUGUAUGAAGGUGAACGUAGUAUGACCAAAGACAAUCAUCCACUCGGAAAGUUUGAGCUCACUGGCAUUCCUCCUGCUCCUCGUGGUGUUCCGCAAAUUGAGGUCACAUUUGAUGUUGAUGCCAAUGGAAUUAUGAAUGUUUCUGCGGUGGACAAAAGCACUGGAAAAGAAAACAAGAUUGUCAUCACAAAUGACAAAGGUAGAUUGUCCAAAGAAGACAUAGAGCGCAUGGUGAAAGAGGCUGAGAAGUUUAAAGACGAUGAUGACAAGCAGCGCGACAAAAUUCAAGCCAAGAACUCUCUGGAGAGUUAUGCUUACAACAUGAAGAGUACAAUUGAAGAUGACAAAGUUAAAGACAAGAUCAGUGAAGAUGACAAAACGGUUAUCUCCGAUAAAUGCAAAGAAGUCAUUGACUGGUUGGAUCAAAGUGAUGGAGCCUCAAAGGAAGAGUUUGAGAGCAAGCAGAAGGAGCUUGAGAAGGUGUGCAAUCCUAUCAUAACCAAGCUCUACCAGGGUGCAGGUGGAGCACCUGGUGGAAUGCCUGGAGGUGGAAUGCCUGGAGGACCAGGUGGCUUCCCUGGAGGACCAGGUGCCACACAGCAAGGAGAAUCCUCAGGUCCUACCAUUGAGGAAGUAGAUUAAGUUUGAUGAACUUACCUCUCCAACUUUGUUGACAGGAUAUGUGCACUAGCUUAUACUGUUGCGAAUUUAACCAGUUAACUGUUUGAGUAACUGUCUUAGCAACAGUAGUUUCAUUAUACUAUGUAUCCUGCACAUGUAAGAGCCAAAGAAUAAAAGGUUUUUAUUC